UCACCAAUACCAUAUUGCCACGUCAUCCAUCCCAAGCUGUGAGCCUGAAGUCCGGCCCAUUUAAAUCUUCCCAGCUCGAACCUCAUGCCGUUCUCCUCCUCUUCUGUUCCCCUCCAUUCCUCUCACUGCACCGCCAGAAUACUGAUAACAACCCGUCGCCACACUGGCAAUCCAUAUCCUCCGUUAGAUCAUUACACCAACCGCGAGCUACUUUCCCUAAAACCAGUUACCCGCAAGACAACGCACCCAUCUCCGUCUUCCUUCAUUCUUCUUCCUUCUUCCUCAUUUCCAUUCCCCCCCAAUCUUUUCCCCUUUUUUUUCCCUACUUCUCCUUCAUACCAAAAUCCCCCAUUCAGAGAGGGACAGAGAAAGAGAAAGAGAAAGAGCAAGAGAGUGAGAUAGAGCAAUGGGGGAUGUAGGAAAACAAGCGUUGCAGAAGCCACCAGGCUACAGGGACCCGUCGGUACCUGCUGCGGCGAGGCCAGCAACGAAGAAGCCGCAGAUUCCGCCGGCGUUGCGGCAUCCGGGAAAACCUUCCCGGCGGCAUCGGACCGGUCGAUCUUGCUGUUGCCGUCUCUGCUGCUGCAUCUUCCUCCUCAUCAUCGUUCUUAUCUUCCUUCUCACAGCUUUCAUUGGAUUCAGCUAUCUCUGGUUCCAUCCUCACCUCCCCUCAUUCCGCGUCGAGAAUGUGACGGUGCCCGUCUUCAAGAUAACUUCGAAAUCCGACGGCACGUUUCUUGACGCUACAGCGAUUGUUAAGAUCCAGACGGAUAACCCUAAUUCGAAGCUAGGGUUAUCGUGCCGCGCGGCUAACGGGAAGGUGGCGUUGGUUGAUGAUGACGGGGAGGUGGAUUUGGGUACGGGAUCGGCGGCGGGGUUUACGCUGGCGAGAAAGAACUCGACGGCGGUUAGGGUUACGGCGGCGGCAAAGGGGGUGCUUGUGGAUGAUUCGGUGGGGGAGAGGUUGAAGGCGAUGUAUAAGAGCAGGGAAAUUCGAUUUACGGUGGAGAUGAGGAUGAAGGUGGGGUUUGUGAUUAGCGGUAAGUCUACGCCCAAGAUCCCGAUUCGAGUGAAGUGUGCUGCGUUCAGUCUGAAUCAGAUUGGCAGCGGGCGGCCGCUGCCGAAGUGUGAUAUCGAUUUCUUCAAUGCAAUAUUUUGAGCUAAAGCGGAACCUGAAAUGAGGCUUGUAUAGACAUAUAUAUAUUGGAAGAGCUUCUGCACUGUUCUUGGCGUUGUGGCCUCACCUGGAAAGACUGAAAUUCUUUUAUAUUAUAUAAAUAAUAUAUUUAUAUAAUGAUUUUACCCUGCAUAUAUGGGAUCAAAGUGCUCUCUGAAAUCAUUUUAUAUAGCAAUUUUUUGUUCUUAUUUUAUUU